AUGCUCGGAGGAGACCAGGCGGAGAAGGACCCCGAAGCGCAGAAGAAGGAGGAGGAUCGGAGGGAGGCGCUGCGGCAGCAGGAGGAGGAGCGCAAGCAGAAGCAUGCCAAGAUGGAGGCGGAGCGGGAGCGCGUGCGGCAGAACGUGCGGGACAAGUACGGCCUCAAGCGGCGCGAGGAGCGGGAGGCCGAGGCCAAAGCGGCGAUGGAGGCCGCGUGCAGCGGGGGAGGCGGCGGCGGCGGCGGCGGCGGCGGUGGCGGCGUUUCCGGCGGUGUGGCCGGAUCCGAGGGCAGCCUCACCCGCCCCAAGCGGGCCAUCCCUCCCGGGUGCGGGGACGCUUCCGACGAGGGCCCUGAGGGAAAGCCUCUUCGAAGCCUUCCUCAAGUACCUCCCUGGGCCCAUCCAGGAGUUUUUCCGUAA